CGCUUCUCUCUUGAUAUGGCAGCAUUCCGAAUGGCUCCACUGUCACAUUGUACCAUUUAUUCAGUAGUGGAAGGUUCGCUUUUACGCCUCCUAUAUACAAGCUGGAGAACUUUGGUUUCAACUACAUCCUCAUUUAUCAACAAUACGCACUGGUGGAAAGCGCUCAAGGUUUUGUGAAAGAAACAGCGAUGGUUUGUCGAGAAGCAGCUUCCCGGGAAUCUGUAGUGCCAGGGAUUGCCUUUAGCAGGUUCACAUUUGCGAACUUUAUAUGUAGGAUCGACACGCUUCAAGUUGAUCAACAGUUGCUGCACAGUUUUUUUUUGUUUCGGUUAUUGCAUGUUCAAUGAAGACUAUUGUCCUCAUUUAGUGGCAAAUCACAGCUAGUAUUUUUCAGGCAAAAUCAAGACGAUGAUGCUAGCCUUGUUUGGCGACAGUUCAGUAGGAUGCGGACACAAGCGGUCCAGUUGCAAGUCAAAUGCAUCUUCAUUGUUUCAAGCAAAUAUAGACAUGCCCACAUGAGCAUUGAAGACAAGGUUACAUGUGGGAUCCUUUGUAUUCCACCGUAACUGUAAACACUUUGUGCUUAGAGGGUCUAUAUUCGGGUGCAGAGGCAGCGGUUCCUGAACUGAAGUAUGGAGUAAACAAUUAUUUCAUACUCUUGCACAAUAUCUGCACCAAAGGCUGUCUGCCAGAUCUGUGACGUUAAUUUAUUUGAAACGCCACACUGUUUUCAUUGUGGAUUUGCUCACGUUUGCGUAGUUAAAGCAAAAUGUUUCUCUGCUUUUCUUGAUAAUUAGAAAAAUAGGCAAUAUUUGAUUCGGUAUCUCGAGCCACCUUUUUUUCUUGAAUUAGAAACCAAUUCAAUUUAAGAAUUAAGACUAGAUAUUUCCUGGUAGAUCCCGGACGUUCACUUGGCUACAUAAUUUAUUGCAGUAGAGUUUCCUCAAGAAUUUUGAGGAUUGUAAUUCAAUGUGAGCAUCAUUACUAUGAACCCUAUGAACCUAUUUUGGUCCAUCUUGUUUCGUAUAUAUCUUUUGUGCUUUCAGCUGGAAUGGUUGGAAUGAUGGCAAACCAAAUAACCAAAUCGGUUGGUGAAGCAGCGGUAGGUGUGACGAGGGAGGCUGUCUCUGCGAAGGCUAACUCGGAUCCUGGCCUUGAGGAUGCGCCUGGAGGCGAGACCGCGGGUGAAGGUGACAAGGAAGGUGCCGGAGAAGAAGAAAAGGAUUCUAAAGAGAAGAAAGAUUCCAACGACAAAGGUUCUGGCGAUAAAGACGCCGAAGGCGCAAAUGACACAGAGAAGCCAAAGACAGAUGAGAAAGAAAAGCCUAACGACGAUAAAAAACCAGGUACGUUCGGAAAAGGAUGACAAAGCGCCAGCCGCGAGUUCUGCGUCCGGUAAAAAGCCAGCCACUUGAGAAGCAAGCAUCAGUAAGACGCUGGUUUCGUGAUUUUUCUGCGUUUAUGAAGACGUUACGUCGUGCGUUUCCGCAGAAUAACUGUGAACACCCCUGGAAUAGAGCAGUAGUAUAUGUUGCCGAAAUAAAUACACUUUUUGGUGUG